CGAUAGUGGCCUAUCGAUCCACAAAGCAACACUAGUUAGGUCCGUUUUGGACACUGUGCGUCAGGUGCGGUGCGGUGUAUUGAAUAAUUUCCAUCGGAUUUUAGACAUAAUAAUGUUCUCAUCCCUAUUGGACGCGGCGCGGAACUCGCCCUUCCGCGGCCCCCUCUCCCCCGCGCAAUGCCAGGCCUCCACAGUCCCCCAAAUUGAACAGCCCAGCGGCAUGGCGGCCGACGCAGUGUUGCCAGAUUCCUGUGAAUUCGCGUCUCCCAAGUACUUCGCUCUGUGCGGGCUUGGAGGCGUUCUGUCUUGCGGUAUCACCCACACGGCUGUGGUGCCUCUCGACUUGGUAAAAUGUCGUCUGCAAGUCGACAAGGAGAAGUACAAGAACGUUGUCACCGGUUUCAAGGUGUCGGUGCGCGAGGAGGGCCUGCGAGGGCUGGCCAAGGGUUGGGCGCCCACUUUCAUCGGAUAUUCACUCCAGGGUCUCUGCAAGUUUGGCCUGUACGAAGUGUUCAAAGUGGGUUAUACCAACCUUCUUGAUGAGGAGACAGCAUACACGUACAGAACUGCCGUGUAUUUAGCUGCUUCUGCGUCGGCUGAGUUCUUUGCCGACAUCACUUUGUCACCGCUUGAAGCCGCUAAGGUGCGAAUCCAGACUAUGCCCGGUUUCGCGAACACACUGCGCGAGGCGUGGCCCCAGAUGGUGAGGACUGAAGGCUACGGCACCUUCUACAAGGGCCUGGUGCCGCUGUGGGGUAGACAGAUCCCUUACACCAUGAUGAAGUUCGCGUGCUUCGAGAAGACCCUUGAGCUGUUGUACAAAUUCGUAGUACCGAAGCCGCGCUCAGAGUGCACCAAGGGCGAACAACUAGUCGUGACGUUCGCAGCCGGGUACAUCGCCGGCGUGUUCUGCGCGAUCGUGUCCCACCCCGCCGACACCGUCGUCUCCAAGCUCAACCAGGACAAGACAGCGACUGUCGGGUCGAUCAUGAGCAAACUGGGCUGGGCUGGAGUGUGGGGAGGAUUGGGGCCCAGGAUCAUCAUGAUCGGCACCCUCACUGGACUGCAGUGGUUCAUCUACGACGCUGUUAAGGUGUGGCUGCGCAUGCCGCGGCCGCCGCCCGCCGAGAUGCCGGAGUCCUUGCGCAAGCGGCUCGAAGCCGAGGAGGCCGCGAAAGCAAAGUGAACCAACAUUAACCUUACUUAGAUGAUGUUUUAAUAAUUAUAUUUACGUUCAUCGUUGUCACUCGUCAAUUUAUUUGUUUUUGGACGUGAGAAUUGUUUAGAUUUCUAUACGUAUUUCUCUGUCCGAUUUUAUAAAUUGCGUCAAUCUAAUAAGGCGCAUAAUGUACACGCCGCGAAAUGUGCACUUCUUAAAAUGUAAACAUUGUAUAUAGAUAUACACUGAUACGUAUGAGACUAUUGCGCUGUUACAAAAAAUGUAGAAAAUAUAUGCUGUUUUGUCUGUUGACAUUUUGCGAAGUGCACAUGUUAGACCCAAAUUAAAGCUGGUGAUAAAUCAUAGUUAUCUAGUGUGAUAUUUAGUAUAACUCAAACGUGGACUUGUAAUGGUGAUAACAUCUAUAUUUGAAGUAUUAUUGCGAAUAUUUUUAGUAUACAUUUCAUGUCAUUCCUAUAUUAGAAUUAGAGUAUAACUCUGUUAUUAAAACAUCAUCGAUUGUCGCCAAAUGUUCGCGCAAUGUCACAGCAGAAUCGAUGUAAUUUAAUCCGAUAUUAACUUAAACCGUUGUGCGAAUAUUUGGUGUUUGAAAUUGUUCCAUACACCGCCAUAGAUAAUGAUAAUGUUAACCAAAUGCAGUAAGAAUAAAAUAAAAUCGUGUUAAUUUAUUUUCGAAAUGUAUUUUUUUAUUUAUUUUUGUUGAUGAUUUGAGUGGCAUCUGUGUAUUCCAUUUGAAAUCUUUUGCAAUAAAGAUAGACUUCAUUA